AUGCCAACUGCCACCACGCACGUUAGUGCUUCAGACCCUAAUAAUGAAGACGCGAGGAGUACCAGCAGCACAUUGGUCAAUGGCGAACACAGCGCACGCAACGACAAUGACGACGUACGAUCCACCACUGAGCAACAACAACGACACACACCAACCACAGGCGUAGUGCGACAUGGAUUUGACAAUGCAGCCUACGAAGAUGACGUUCUAAGCUUCCUCCAUUUCUCUGAGAGGCGUCAUGAAACCAAUGCCAAACACAACGUUGCUGUGCGACAAGUGUCGCUCGACUGGCGUCUACGUGAGAGAAUUAAGACUGUGUCAGGUCUAUUGGUCAUUUGCUUGAAUAUCGGCACCGAUCCUCCGGACAUUGUAAAGACGAAUCCAUGUGCGAAGCUCGAAUGUUGGAUCGAUCCAUUUCUACUUGUGCCACAAAAGUCAUUGGAGGCGAUUGGCAAGAAUCUUCAUACGCAAUAUGAGAAUAUCAAUGGGCGAACACGAUUCAAGUUGUCAUUGGAUCCAUCCGUGGAAGAGACUAAGAAGUUGUGUUGCCAAAUGCGGAGGACAGCCAAGGAGGAGCGGAUUUUGUUUCACUACAAUGGCCAUGGUGUACCCAAGCCAACGGCGAGUGGAGAGAUUUGGGUCUUCAAUCGCAACUAUACGCAGUAUAUUCCAGUAUCCCUCUAUGAUUUACAACUAUGGUUGGGAUCUCCUGUGAUCUAUGUAUGGGAUUGUUCAUCAGCUGGCAACAUCGUCAAUGCAUUUAAUCGAUUUGCGGAGCAGCGGGAUGUGGAGGCUGUCCAAAACGCCCAACAACAUCAAACAGCAUUACCUGCUUCAGCAUGGCGUGAUUCGAUUCAGCUCGCAGCUUGUGGACCGAACGAGACAUUGCCCAUGAACCCUGAUCUUCCAGCAGACGUCUUUACAGCAUGCUUGACAACGCCUAUUGAAAUGUCGCUAAGAUGGGUUGUCAUGCGUAAUCCAUUAUUGGCCAAGAACAUCACCAUGGAUAUGGUAUUACGGUUACCAGGUCGUGCUGCAGAACGUCGUACUCCACUUGGUGAGCUGAAUUGGAUCUUUACGGCUGUGACGGAUACAAUUGCAUGGUGCGUGUUACAGGAUCAACCCGAGUUAUUCAAACGUCUCUUUCGACAAGAUUUGAUGGUGGCUUCCAUGUUUCGUAAUUUCUUGUUGGCUGAACGUAUCAUGCGCUCUUACCAAUGCACCCCCAUGUCAACGCCUGCAUUACCAUCGACACAUGAUCAUCCAAUGUGGCAUGCAUGGGAUCUAGCGGUGGAUAUGUGCUUAUUCCAAUUACCUCAACUACUGGCAGCAGAAGAAGGUGGCACCCCCUAUGUCUAUCAGCCUAGCACAUUCUUUGCCGAGCAAUUGACAGCAUUUGAAGUAUGGCUCGCCAAGGGAGCUGUCAACAAUCCCAAGAUACCUGAACAGUUACCCAUUGUGCUUCAGGUGUUGCUAUCACAAGUACAUCGACUACGAGCUUUGAUCCUACUCAGCAAAUUUUUGGAUUUGGGACCAUGGGCUGUCAAUGCAGCUCUCUCAGUGGGCAUCUUCCCUUAUGUGCUCAAGCUAUUGCAAAGUCCAGCUGCCGAACUCAAGCCUGUAUUGGUAUUCAUUUGGGCACGUAUUCUUGCUGUCGAUCGAUCUUGCCAAAAUGACUUGCUCAAGGAUCAUGGAUUCGCCUAUUUUAUCAACAUCCUUACACCCAACGAUGCCAUGCUUAGCAUUCCUCAUGUUUCUGAACACCGUGCCAUGAGCGCCUUUAUUCUCUCUGUAUUUUGCACCAACUUCCGCCUUGGUCAGCAAGCAUGUUUAAGAGCCAAUGUGAUAAGCGCAUGUUUGGCACAUGUCAAGGAUUCGGAUGCAUUAUUACGACAAUUUAUUUGCUUGUGUCUUGCUCAAGUGUGGAUGAACAACAAGGAAGCCAAACAAGCUGCCAUUCUUGAGAAUGCCCAUGAAAAGCUAUGUGCCAUGCUUUCGGAUAGUGCACCUGAAGUUCGAGCAGCAGCCAUGUACGCCCUUGGCACUUUUCUCGGUGAUUCGAACAAGUCUGAACAAGUUGUUAAUAUCGAGCACAAUAUUGCUAUUUCAGCACUUACAGCAAUGUCGGAUGGCUCUCCUGUGGUUCGCCGAGAAUUCAUCAUUGCCAUCUCACACCUUGUUCAUCAAGCGGGUGCAGCCAAAUUCCUUGUUGCAGCUAAUCAGACCAUUGAAGAAGAUCAGCCACAAACUCAACAACAUCAUCAUCAUCACCAUCACCACAACAGAUCAUCGACGACCCCAUCAGCAGGUAGCAGCAGUGUUCGCGGGCGAACACCAGCAUCAUCAUCAUCAUCUUCAUCAGCCGUGAAUACCAAUAGUGGUGGAGGAGGAGGAGGUUCGGACAACCAUUUCGGAUCAACGAGUUAUGAUUCUGUAUACGCUGUGCUAUGGAAGGCAUUAUUGAAUUUAUCAGUGGAUCCACAUCCUGAAGUAGCAAAAGCAGCAGCUACGGUUGUCGACCAUAUCAAUUCGGUACUUUUGAGCACGCCUUCCAUUAGCGAAUAUGCCAGCUCGGUGGUUCGUGAAUCGAUGUUGCAAUAUUCAGCUUCGGAUCAUCACCAACAAUCAGCCAACAUGGGUCCUGGUAUGAUGGAUCGAUCACGUUCAUAUCACCAAUCUCCUCAUCAUGAUGAUCAUCGUCCCAUGGGUACAGCUGCUGCACAAUUACGACGUCCUACAGCACUUACUCGUUCAGCAUCCUUUGCAUCUACGUUACGCACUAUAUACAACUUUGGCAAUGCUUCACUCAGUACGACCGCUUUGCAAGAACCUACAACAACAACGCCUCGAUCAUCACUCGACAACAAUAACCGCCACUCCCUCGGGAAUUCCAUUCCUAAACGCAACGCUAUCACACAACACAAUACACCUGUCGGCUCACCUCGUAACUCAUUGAGCCCAGAGCAAAACAACAACAACACAACGCAAGGUUCAUUGCCUUUGAUUUCCGAAUUUUAUGAUUGGAGCUGUGAAUACUUUACUGGACCACAGAUGAGAGCAACUGAAUCGGAAGAGCCUGGUAGCGUGGUCUAUACACAAAGGAAAUGGCGUCGUAGCAGGAAUGAAAAGAUUAUCUUUGAAUCUCAAGCAACUAAAACAAGAGCAGCCGAUACAAGAUGGGAUGAUCAGUUGGCCUCUCUCCAUAAUGAAACGGAAGCAACACACCUCCUAUUCCAUCAAUUCGAACCACAUCUCGUCGCUGCGGAUGCAUACAAUUAUUUAGUUGUUUGGGAUUGGAAGACUUCCACACCAUUGAGUGUUAUUGAUAAUCGAAAUCCAUCGCAUAGUCGGAUCACGGAUAUGAAGUUUAUCAACGAAGAUGAUGUAGCUAUCCUGCUGACGGCUUCAGAUGAUGGUGCUGUACGGUUAUGGAAGAAUUACGAUGGUUCAGAGCAAGAGGAAGCACAAUUAGUGAGUGCAUGGCGUGCGCUCAAGGAUAUGGAAAAGAGCAGCAUGCAACAAAGUGGCCUUGUGUGUGAUUGGCAUCAAGAGCGUGGCACAUUGUUUACUGGUGGUGAUGCACGUUUGAUAAAAGUGUGGGAUGUCCAUCAAGAAAUGCCUAUCAUGGAUAUUGCCACUCAAUCCACUGCAUGUGUCACCAGCAUUACGAGCGAUCAAAUCAGUGGUAACAUUUUGGUUGCAGGCUUUGGCGAUGGCAUGGUGGGCGUCUAUGAUCGUCGGUUAAGAACAUCGUCAGCCAUGGUGCAACGAUGGGAGGAGCACAAGGCUUGGGUGACCAGCGUGCAUUUGCAGCGGGAUGGUACCAGAGAACUGGUAUCAGGAGGUUUUGCUGGUGACAUUAAGGUGUGGGAUAUUCGUGAACCCUCUUCAUUACGUACGAUCGAGGCACAUACGCACGCUGAUAUGACCGCGUUGGCUGUUCAUGAUCAUAGCCCUGUGAUUGCAAGUGCUGGUGAUGAUCAUGUCAUCAAAGUAUGGAACGUGAAUGGUAACCCCUUAUCUACAAUUCGCCCAUCCUCUGGAUUCCUUGGUCAAAGAAACGCUUUUACUCGCUCCCUCGCAUUCCAUCCCCAUCUCAUGGUUAUGGCGGCUAGUGGCGAUAAUGGAUCUAUCACGCUCUAUCAUGCCCACAACACUUUGACGCAUCUCUCAUAA